AAAUGUUGGUGGGCGCAUGCGCAGAGCCGCUAAGUAGCACGUAUCGAUGGGUAGCAUAACUCGACACAACACCGGCGCCGGGCGGCGUGGUACAGCAGCACGUGUUCGGACUGAGCGAUUUUGAGGCGGCGUGGGGAGAGCCCGAGCUCAGGGAGUCUGAACUCCAGGAGAGCGCGAGGACACGCAGCAGCAGCAGCAGCGGGCAUGGAGUUUGAGGAGUCCGGUAUCGGAGAGGAGUGCGGCGUGUUCGGCUGUGUGGCAGCGGGAGAGUGGCCGACCCAGCUGGAAGUGGCGCAGGUGCUGACCCUGGGUCUGGUGGCCUUACAGCACAGAGGUCAGGAGAGUGCGGGAAUUGUUACGAGUAAUGGGUCCACUCCACCCACAUACACCACCCUUAAGGGCAUGGGAUUAGUGAGCACAGCUUUUAAACCGGAGGACUUGCUGAAGCUGAGAUAUGGAAAUUUGGGGAUUGGGCACACUCGAUAUUCCACCACAGGAAUAUCAGAGCUACAGAACUGUCAGCCAUUUGUGGUGGACACCCUGCAUGGAAAGAUUGCUGUGGCACACAACGGAGAACUUGUCAACGCUGCCGCUUUGCGCAAGAAGGUUAUGAGACACGGUGUCGGUCUGUCCACCAGCUCAGACAGCGAGCUCAUCACACAGCUACUUGCUCUGACUCCACCCAUGGAGGAGGAUGAUACUCCUGAUUGGGUAGCACGCAUUAAGAAUUUGAUGACUGAAACGCCUACUUCCUACUCCCUGCUGGUAAUGCACAAAGAUGUGAUCUAUGCCGUGCGAGACCCGUAUGGCAAUAGACCUCUCAGCAUCGGCCGUCUGGUGCCAAUUUCAAAACUACACUCAGGCAGCAGUGAGGCAGACACCGAAGGCUGGGUGGUUUCCUCAGAGUCCUGCAGUUUCCAGUCCAUCGGUGCAAAGUAUUACCGUGAAGUACAGCCAGGAGAAAUUGUGCAGAUCUCCAAACAUGGCAUCAAGAGCCUGAGUGUCGGCCCUCGCCCAGAGGGAGACCCCCCUGCCUUCUGCAUAUUUGAAUAUGUUUACUUUGCCAGACCAGACUCCAUAUUUGAAGGUCAGAUGGUGUACACAGUCCGGCAGCGCUGUGGGCGCCAGCUUGCCAUCGAGGCCCCUACUGAGGCAGAUGUGGUCAGCACAGUUCCUGAGUCAGCGACUCCAGCUGCUUUAGGAUAUGCACAAGAGUCUGGCCUCCCUUAUGUAGAGGUCCUGUGCAAAAACCGCUAUGUUGGGAGAACUUUCAUUCAGCCAAACACUCGCUUACGUCAGCUUGGCGUGGCCAAGAAAUUUGGAGCAUUGACGGACAACUUUGCUGGCAAAAGAGUGGUGCUAAUUGAUGAUUCUAUUGUGAGAGGCAACACCAUCUCACCUAUUAUUAAACUGCUCAAGGAGGCUGGAGCAAUAGAGGUCCACAUUCGAGUAGCAUCUCCUCCAAUUCGAUUCCCCUGCUACAUGGGCAUCAACAUCCCUACCAAAGAGGAGCUGAUUGCUAAUAAGCCGGAGUUUGAGGACAUUGCAGGCUACAUUGGAGCUGCCAGUGUGCGUUAUUUGACUGUUGAAGGCCUGGUUGCUGCGGUGCAGAGUGGGAUUGAAGGUUGUGGGGAGAAGAAAGAGAUCAGCCCCAGGACCAAGACCAGCAAAAGAGUUGGUCACUGCACGGCCUGCCUGACGGGCAAAUACCCUGUUGAACUGGAGUGGUGAUGAAAUGGACUGUAACACAAUCGUCAACAUUCCACAUUAAAGUCCAGAGUAUCUGGCACGUGGCAAUCGUCUUCACAUGGUGUAGAUACAUUAGGUUUACUGUACACUGUGGUGUUAUGUUUAUCUACAAGUAAUUUACCAGCUCUGUUUUAACAGGGUGUUCAUGUUCAAAAACAUCUGCCAUUUUUAGUAUAAACCUUACAUAUUUAAGUUCACUACAUAACAAUUUUGCCAUCAGUAGAAAGUCAGUUUUAUUCAAUUAAAUUCAAUCGUUCACAAUUUAUGCUGGAAAAGACUGGAAAAUCUUGAAUGACUGACUUGAUAACCGAACUUUCCAUGAUGCUUGCAGAUUGUAAAGUUACAUUUAACCCUUAAAUUCCCAUGGAAAGUAAAGUUCAUAUGUAAAGAUUAACAUGUGCUUUUCAUAUACUCACAUUUAUUUGAUCCUCUGAUGACUAAAAUGCAUUAUGGUGCCAAAGGUUUCGAAUUGCAUUUCCCAACUGUUACACCCGACAGAGUCUGUAUCUGAGCAGUAGAGACUCUUCUGUUCUGAAAAUCGCGCACAAAUAAUACCCAACACACUGUAAAAAGGUGAAAUAUUUUUGUUCUUCUUUGUCUUUGCAUUAUUCCCUCCCUCUUAUUGCAUUGUGCUCAUGUAAGAAUUGUGGAAACUGUUGCAGCAGAGGCUGAUAAAACCUGGAGCAAUAAAAAGUCCUUUGUUCUCCAGUUGUAUUUGCCAGUAAAAAGUAUGUGUGAAACAAGCAAAACCAUUUAUUAAAAUUUCACAUUUCAACAUA